CCUUCGCAGUGUUUUCCCUUCUUUAGUCUUAUAUCCAACUUGUAAAUUCAUAGUCCAACACAACUAGAUCAAACUUGGAAUUCCAGCAAGCGAAACACGUGGCUUCGACCCCGGCUUUGUUUUUCAGCUCACUUCUCAUAGAAGCUCUCCCUCUUAAACAUAAAGCGUCAACUUCCGUUGCACUCCAAGAAAAGCAGACGACAAUCGAUCGCCAUUACACACACGCAGACAACUUCAGUCGAUACCUACCUACCUCUAACCAUCUGCCACAUCAUCACCACCGCCAUUACCAUUCCUUGAAAAUGGCCGCCACAACCUUCCACCUCUUCUCCCACCUCCCCUGGGAACUCCGCGCCCAAAUCUGGGAACUCACCAUAACCCCACGCACAGUGGAAGUCCAAUUCCUCGCCAAUAAGCCUCAGGACAAUCUUCAACUAGUCCAACUCUUCCCACCUUUCUCCUCCUCUGACCCUUUAGCUUCACGUCGACGACCUCCUCGCCUGUUUUCCCCUAUCCCCGUCCCCGCCGCUUUACAUACCUGCCGCGAAGCGCGCAAGCACCUCACUUUCGAAGUUGGUUCUUCCCAUCAAGCUUACGAGCGAACUUUUGAGGCCGAUUUACCUCGCUCUGGGUCCCCUCCCAGACCACCCAAACAGCCACGUCGCUACGUUUACGUCAACUUCGAUUUCGACACUCUCCUCCUCCGCGACGGCACUUCUCUGCAUCACUUCGUCUUGUCCCCAUUCGUACAACAGCAGGACAACAACAACAACACCCGAAUCAAGCGCCUAGUAAUAGAAAGAAACACCGACAUGGCCCGCUGGUACUUCCAAUCGUCCGAGCCCUCCCUUCUCAAAUCCUCCUCCUUUUCUCCUUACCUAGAAGACCUGGUGAUAAUCAGUGAUGAUACGCGAGAUUGUUGGUUUGAAGAGGCCGAGGCUGGCGGCGUCUUCGGCUUACUACUUGCUGCAGCACCUUCAUCUUCAUCUGAUUCCGCUCCUCCUGAAAAUGGGGACGGAAACGCACCACCUUCCCCCUCAAUUCAGAACGAAAAUGCAACAACCGCAACCGCAACCGCAACCCCCUCAAAACCAAAACUCACCGUCACCCGCUACCCCACCCUCCUAGAUUACCAACUCUCUGAAGCCUGGCGACCACUACUAAAGACACAGAUAAAGAAAGAUGGGGAGAGGAGUUGGUAAGAUAGAUGGAGGAGGAGACGAUUAGACAGGUGGAGGAGACGAGACGAGCGUUGGAGGGAGCAUGCAGGCUGAUUUGAGGAGCAUGCAAGCUAGUUUUGGAUCUGGAUCUUCUACAUCCGGAUUAGGAGGGUUAGCAGGAAUGAUGACCACGCUGGGCGUCCCCGGCGUCGACACCAGCGCAGCAAUUCGAGCAAUGGAAGGACAAAUGGAAGCUCUUCGAACGGCAUUGGGAAGCCCAGGGGAUAUCAGAGCUAGGGUCAGAGCGGAUAUAGAAGCCAAUACAC